AUGGAUUUACAAGAACAUGAACUCAAUUCCGACGCGAUCGCGACUAUUGGCCCCACAGAUGUUGAAUUGGCCCCAGUCGCUGCCCAUCCCAGUAAAUCAGAUGACCCAUUUCUGGUGACAUUUGCGGAGCCUUACGAUGCAGAUAAUCCCAAGGACUGGCGGACAGGUCGAAAAUGGGCCGUCACAGAUGUGCUCUCCGCGACAGGCUUCAACCGCAUCAUGGUAUCCACCAUCAUGGCGCCGGCAUUGUCGACAAUAGCAAAAGAGUUUGAUAUGAAUUCCGCAGAGUCAGCCAUGGCGCUUUCCAUCUACCUGUUGGCAACUGCACUGGGUCCGCUUGCUAUCGGACCUUUAUCAGAAGUAUAUGGUCGAAAGCCGAUUUUGCACGCGUCGAACAUUUGGUUCUUGAUCUGGAAUAUUGCUUGUGGGUUUGCAAAUAGCAAGGGUGUGCUGAUUGCGUCGCGAUUCUUUGCUGGAUUUGGUGCUAGCGCUAUCUAUGCUCUUGCUAAUGGGGUGUUGGGUGAUGUGUGGCGCCCAGAGCAGCGUGGUCGUUCUCUGGGUGUUUACUUGCUUAUCCCUUUGUUGGGAGCGGCUGUCGGCCCAAUCAUAGGAGGAUUUAUGGCAGAGCGCACCACUUGGCGGUGGAUGUUCUGGUCGACGUCGAUCUUUCAAGCCGUGAUGAUUGUUGUUUCAUUCGUUUCCUUCCAUGAGACGUAUGAGCCAUUGAUCCUGCGUCAUCGGGCUGAGCGUCUUCGACGUGAUACUGGUGACUCGCGGUACUACACCCUAGAUGAACAUAUAAACGCAAACAGAUCGGCCACCAGAGUCCUAGGCAGAGCAUUGUCUCGCCCACUUCGGCUUCUAACCUUCCACCCCAUUAUUCAGAUCUCCUCGCUCAUCUCUGCAUUCUAUUACGGUAUUCUUUACAUUGUGCUCUCUACCUUUUCCGACCUAUGGACCAAGCAAUACAAUGAAUCCAUUGAGAUCAGUGGUUUACACUACAUCGCAGUUGCCUUCGGUGAAAUUGCCGGUAGUCAGAUCUGCGCAAAGCUUAUGGACAGCCUGUACCAUAGACUCAAAGCGCGUGCCAAUGGAGAGCACACCCCGGAGCUUCGCACACCCUCCAUAUUCCCUGGGGCCCUGCUCGGCCCAGUGGGUCUGUUCCUUUACGGCUGGGCGGCUCAUUAUCGCUUACAUUGGGUCAUCGUUGACAUCGGUGUAUUCAUUACUAUGCUUGGAAUGCAAAUUACUAGCAUGCCACUGCAGGCCUAUGUUAUGGAGGCUUACCCAGAGCACACUGGAAGCGCCGGUGCUGCUCAGCAAUUCAUGCGCAGUCUAACUGCCUUUUUGUUCCCGCUUUUUGCGCCCACUAUGUACGAUGUUCUUGGGUAUGGUUGGGGAAACACUACCAUUGCAUUGAUUGGGUUGUUUGUUGGGCUUCCGGCUCCAUUGCUUAUUUGGCGCUACGGUGCCAAGUUGAGAGCGAAGGCAGGAAUGGUAUAUUAG